GCAGCGAUGAAGCACUGUUUCUACAAUGAGACUGUGGGGUUCUUCUACAACAAUAGCCGUAAAGAGCUGACCACAUAUUGGAGGACAAAGGAUGUCUUGGUGGUUGCCCUGGGCUUGACAGUGAGUGUCAUUGUGCUCCUGACCAACCUGCUGGUCAUCACUGCUAUUGUCAUCAACCGGCGGUUCCACUAUCCCAUCUACUACCUGCUGGGGAACUUGGCAGCUGCUGACCUCUUUGCUGGCAUUGCAUACAUGUUUCUCAUGUUCCACACGGGGCCCAGGACAGCAGAGCUCUCCCUGAAGACCUGGUUCAUCCGCCAGAGCCUGCUGGACACCAGCCUGACCGCCUCUGUGGUGAACCUACUAGCAAUUGCUGUAGAAAGGCAUCAGACUGUUUUCACUAUGCAGUUACACAGCAAAAUGUCCAACCAGCGUGUGAUGAUCCUGAUUUUUUGUAUUUGGGUCACAGCCCUGCUCUUGGGGCUCAUCCCAUCCUAUGGCUGGCACUGCCUCUGUGCCCUGGAAAAGUGUUCCAGCAUGGCACCGCUCUACAGCAGGAGCUACUUGACCUUCUGGGCCAUCUCCAACCUGGUCAUCUUCCUGAUCAUGGUGGUCGUGUACACACACAUCUUCAUCUAUGUCAAGAGGAAGAUGACACGGAUGUCCAAGCACACCAGCUUCCAUCCCCGCUACAAGGAGACCAUGAUCAGCCUUGUCAAGACGGUCACUAUUAUACUCAGUGCCUUUGUUAUCUGCUGGACACCGGGACAAGUUGUGCUCCUACUGGAUGGCUUGGGCUGCAAGAGCUGCAAUGUUCUAGCUGUGGAGAAAUACGUCCUUUUGCUGGCAGAGAUCAACUCGUUGAUAAAUGCUAUUGUCUACUCUUACAGGGACAAUGAGAUGCGCAGCACCUUCCGGAGGAUCCUCUGCUUCAUCUGUUAUAGGAAUUCCAGAUACACCCCUACAGUAGUGAAGUUAAACACUACAGACCGCAGAACACUUUCUCAGAAUGGGCACUUCACUGUGGACUCCUCUAUUUAGUUCCUCAGUGCCGUGCUUGUCUCCACUGGUCAACAGCAACCCUUUCUGACCAAAAGCACAGAGACUGAGUGACCUGCUUCCAAAGCAGUACUGACUACUUUUAUGUUCUCAAGCAUAAAUGUUUGUAUAAAAUGCCUGUCAUCCAUAUGGGGACAAGAAGCAUUUAAGGAACUGAACGGUGCAUUAUUU